UCCGCCCGGUCAUGGCCGCGUCCCGUCCGACUCAAGGCUGCGGCAGCGGAGCGCUGCUGGGCCGCUUCGGAGUGCUGCUGCAGGCAUUGCUGGCACUGUGCGCCUUCUGCACGCUGAUGUUAAAACGAUUUAAAGAACCAAAAGAAGAGAGGCGUCCCUGGAGGAUAUGGUUUUAUGAUACCUCCAAGCAAGCAAUUGGUGCCCUCUUCAUCCACUUUGCCAAUAUUUUUCUGUCUGAUCUCACUGAGGAGGACCCUUGCUCUCUCUACCUUAUUAAUUUCAUCCUCGAUGCCACGCUGGGGAUGCUGCUGAUUUGGCUUGGUGUGAAGGUGGUCUCCUGGGCUGUGCAGCGUCAGAAGUACACAUAUCUUGUCUUUGGAGAAUAUGGUGACCCUCCACAAGCUGCUGCUUGGAUUGGCCAGUGUAUCCUCUACCUGCUGAUUAUGGCUGUGGAGAAGACCCUGAUUAGCCUUGUCCUGCUGAUCCCUGGUUGGACAAAGCUUCAGCAGAUCCUCCUGAGUUACAUCCCAAACCCCCAGUUGGAGCUCAUCCUGGUCAUGCUAGUUGUGCCUUUUAUUGUAAAUGCCGUUAUGUUCUGGGUUGUGGACAGCUUGAUCAUGAGGAAACACAAGCAGAAGGAUAUGUUGAACAUCAAUGGAUCCACAGAGACCCCACAAGCUAGGAGGAGUGAGGAAUCUCGGAUGAUAUGGCUGGAGGAUGUCCCAUCAGGAUGGUUCUGUCUGCAUCGAGCGAAUGCUCCGGGCCGGUGGCAGCCACUUAGCUCAGAACUGCCUCUUGAUAGCUUCAAGUCUGAGAGGCUGCAGCCUGGCCUUAAUGUGAAUGUUUGCGAAUCCUGUCCCCUGGUGAACAGAGCUUUCAGCUGCCUGUUCCACUCCCAAGAGGGCUUGCGGGUACCAGAGCAUCUGUGUUUGGAUCCAUAUGUUCCUGGCUGUCUUCGGAAUGGUCAAGGUGCUGCUCUCUCCGGACAUGGAUUUUGACCAGUCUGAAAGUGACCAGGAUAUCUCAGGACUCCAGGGAACAAACCAGAAGAUGAAGCAGCCCAGCUACCACGUGGUCAUCUGACAGCACUGAGACAAGGGAGGUGGAGGAAGGAAGCAGUACUGUGAUUCCUGAGCUGGCUGAGGAAGGAUGCAGAAUGCAGCUGAUCCCUGGGGAUCUGUGGAGCCCUGCCUCAUGUACGCCUCUCCUUCUGCAGUGUCUCUUCGGGAUGGUGUCCAUGCAGCCUGUAUCUAAGCAGUAUCUGCUUUAUCUACCCAACCCUACCAUAGGCACAUUGCAGGCAUGUUGAGGUUAGGGUAAGGAUGUGUGCUUCCUCUGGCUGGCCAGCUGGGUGUAACUUUGUCAGGCUAGAGACUGAAAUCAAAAAGCUCUCUUCUUUUUAUAGAAAAAUCCUAUACUGUCUGAACUGUAACACUUUUAUAUGCACAGAUGCUCUACAGAACUGGUUUGUGAUUAUAUAUUUAAAUGCCUUGAAUUGGGAAGAUUGUCUCAGUGGAUCUGAUGUGUGUUUUUUUUGUUUUUUUUUUUUUUUUACUGUUUUAUAAGGACUGCAAUAAAUAUUUGACUUAAAACUGCUUCAUAUGUGAAUUAUUUUGCAGUGCCUUGUUUUGUGAGACACUAGCCCUGCCAAAAGGAAGGGGAUGAGCUGUUGGGUCAUCCCAGAUCCUGGCAUCUUCUGUUAUAGGUUAGAAGUUCCUUUUCUUUCUUGUUAACAGGCUCUGAUAAUAUACAAACAGCAAAAAUGCAAAACAUUCUGCAGCUCUUAGAGGAGAGAACAGCUGCUUAAUGUGCUUGCAGACAGCUGUGCUGAAACUCAGAGUCCAACAGAACGUGGUCUGGUUCGGGUCUGAGCAGGUAGACCUAGGCAAGCUUCGCAUACUGUAGAAGUCUCAAGAAUUGUUGGGCAGGAGUUGUUUUGAUGUUUUUUGGGUGGGGUUGGUUUUUUGUGGGUCUUCUCUCCCUUGUGUUUUCAUAGAAAAACUGUUCCUUAA